AUGGAAAAUUCAAGAUUGUUUAGUUUACUGAUACUCAUAUGGGCCCAGAUCCCAGUAAAGGUAACCUAAAAUCUAUUGCUCUUUAUUAAUUAUAAAGAUGUUUAAACUCAAGCUGCAAUGAAGGCAAUUCUGUAAGCUGAAACCCCGGAUUUGGUGGUGAGUUCUGGUGACAAUCUCUUCACUAAUGGAGGAGUUUAUGAAACACCGGGCUGGUAUGCGUCACAUUAUCAAAGCUUUGUCCAACCAAUGAUUGAUCUUAAUAUACCAUGGGCAAUUACAACUGGUAAUCACGAUAUUCAUGGUGAUUUAGAUCAAGUGGGCAUAUCUAGUCUAGAUAGAAGUUACAGUCUAAGCAGAACAUUACCCCCUGCUGGUGAUUUUAUCUUAGACUUCAACUACAUUUUACCAAUCUAUGAUAAUGCUGGAACUGACAUUUAGUACAGAUUAUGGUUUUUAGAUACUGGAGAUCUCUAAUGCGGAGAUGUAUAUGGCUACAAUUGUUUUAGGCAAGAUUAAAUUAACUGGGUUAAGGAGGAGAGUGCUAAAAUAGCUGAUUCUGAUCCAAGCAAAGGCAGAGGAAUGAUGAUCUUCCAUAUAACCCUAUAACAAUUUAUGGAUUUGAUUAAUGAAAAUGAGUAUUAUGGUAGAGUUGGAGAGAUUAUAUGCUGUUAAGCAUAAGAUACUGGGAUGUUCAAGGUGAUUAAAGAUUACAAGACAGUUGAUUGGGUUGCUUGUGGACAUGAUCAUGACUCUGAUUUUUAUGGCUAUUAUAAAGGAAUUGGGCUCUCUUAUGGAAGAAAAACUGGAUAUACUCACUAUGGACCAAAAAAGCUUUAGCAUGGUGCGAGAGUAUUUGAAAUUUAGAUAUCACCAACUUAUGAGAUCAAAACUUGGAUAAGAAAUGAGGAUGGCUCAAUUGAGAACUAAACAAAGACUAAAAGAUCUAUUUUCACCCCAAAAUUAAAGGAAUGUUGUGAAGCUGUGACUCCAUAUUCAAUUUCCAAGAAAAAUGUCAUUUAAACAAGAGCACUUGAUAAAAUAAUUAAGAAAUCCUGA